GUCCUCUGCUCUGCCCUUUCCAGGUCCGUCAGCCCCUUGCCUGCCCGUGAUGCUGCCUUGGCUCAGCCAAGGGGGAUAGGGCAGCUUGGGAGGGACCAGCCCUGUGCUCGGGACUUCCAGGAGACAAAUGGGCACCUGGGAGCUGAUGGUUUAAACACCUCAUAGCAAGCAUGAGAAACGCCCCUGCAGAGGCUCCUGGGCAGUGCUGUACCAGCUUCAUGAGAGUCACUGUGAACAUCCAUAUGCAUGUAAAGGAAUCAGUGACGUUCAGGGAUGUGACAGUGGACUUCACCCAGGAGGAGUGGCAGCAGCUGGAGCCUGCCCAGAAGGACCUGUACAGAGAUGUGAUGCUGGAGAACUACAGGAACCUGGUGUCUCUGGACUUGGAGACUAGAGUGGAAAUGAAGCAAUCGGGGCCAACAGAGGACAACGUGGAACACCGCUCGCCUGUUGGGGUGCUUGGGGAAGGCCCUGCAAGGCAUGGUGCCCGCAGCAUGGCAUAUGAAGUCAUGUGGAUGCGGGACCUGGGGGAGAGGCAGCAGGGAGAAGUGCGGACCUGGCUGGAGCAUGAGGAAUGUAAGGCAUUGGCGCCGCGGAGCACCCGCACGGCCCCACUGAGGGAAGAGGGCUCCCCGCCGUUUGUCCUGCACGAGGAGGCCUUCUCGGGUAACCUGGAUCUCAGCCAGCCGUUCAGACGAGACGUGGAGAAGAAGUCUUAUGAUUGCAGCGCAUGUGGUAAGGCUUUCAGCCGCAGCUCGUCCCUCAUGAAGCACCAGCGGAUCCACACCGGCGAGAAGCCCUAUGAGUGUGACGUGUGCGGGAAGCACUUCAUUGAGCGGUCGUCCCUCACCAUCCACCAGCGCGUGCACACUGGAGAGAAGCCAUAUGCAUGUGGGGACUGCGGCAAGGCCUUCAGCCAGCGCAUGAACCUGAUUGUGCACCAGCGCACGCACACGGGUGAGAAGCCAUAUGUGUGCGACGUGUGCAGGAAGGCCUUCCGCAAGACCUCAUCCCUGGCACAGCACGAGCGGGUGCACACAGGUGAGAAGCCAUACGCCUGUGGGGACUGCGGCAAGGCCUUCAGCCAGAACAUGCACCUCAUCGUGCACCAGCGGACACACACGGGGGAAAAGCCAUAUGUGUGCGAUGUGUGUGGCCGUGCCUUCAGCCAGAACAUGCAUCUGACCGAGCACCAGAGGACACACACGGGCGAGAAGCCAUACGCUUGCAAGGAGUGUGGCAAAGCAUUUAACAAGAGCUCAUCCCUCACGCUGCACCACAGAAACCACACGGGCGAGAAGCCAUAUGCAUGUGGUGAGUGUGGCAAGGCCUUCAGUCAGAGUUCCUACCUCAUCCAGCACCAGCGCUUCCACAUUGGUGUGAAGCCCUUCGAGUGUAAUGCAUGCGGCAAGGCCUUCAGCAAGAACUCGUCCCUCACCCAGCACCAGCGCAUCCACACCGGAGAGAAGCCCUACGAGUGCUACAUCUGCAAGAAGCACUUCACGGGCCGCUCGUCCCUCCUUGUGCACCAGAUGGGGCACACGGGUGAGAAGCCGUACGCCUGUGGCGAGUGCGGCAAGGCCUUCAGUCAGAGCGCAUACCUCAUCGAGCACCAGCGCAUCCACACUGGCGAGAAGCCCUACAAGUGCGGCCAGUGUGGGAAGGCCUUCAUCAAGAACUCCUCGCUCACCGUGCACCAGAGAACUCACACAGGGGAGAAGCCCUACAAGUGUGGCGAGUGUGGGAAAACCUUCAGCCGGAACACCAACCUCACACGCCAUCUGAGGAUCCACACAUAGGGGAGGCCUAGGCUGGGGGUCUUCUUGUGUGGGGGCUUUCCUGCAGCCUGUGGGUGGAUCCUGUGGGUGGAUCCCUCAUGCCUGCCGUCAGUGCGACAGCUCUGACGUGGUUGCCCAGGGUAGCAUGGGCCAGAGGGGUGUCUCCCUACGAGGCACCUGCACAUUUCUCUUCAUCUGAUGCCCUGGGGACCAUAGUCAGGGUCAAUGUGGCUGAAGCUUCCAGGAGUGCCAGGAACCUGGGCAUCAGGGUUCCAGGACGUGUCAGUGAGCAGCAGGACCUGGGAUGAGGCAUCCAGUGUCUUUGGGGCAACAGUCAGUUGUAAAGUGCAAGAUGGGGCUGGCAGGGAGAUGGAUUCAAGAUGUGAACAUGGGGACAUUUCUGGACCCUAGCUUUAGUCCAGAUGUCAGGUGGUCACCCCCUGUGGUUCCCCGCUGGGGUGGAAGCCAGAGGGGCCCUCUCUCUGGCCAUCCCCCCUCCCGCAUCCGGCCAUCCCCCUCUCUGUCCAGCCAUCCCCAGGCCACAAAGCCUAAGACUCUGGCAGGCUGUAAGCGGGGCAGGGAGAAGGGGGAAGGUGGUUUUCAGAGUCAGCAGAUAACAGUAAGCACUGCAGAUGCCGAAGUUUCUCAGAGUCUGUUAAAUUUUUUUUAAAUAAAACUUUUAAUUAAGAGA